AUGGACCGCUCCAUGGACGUGAGCGGCCUUGGUCUCUCUAGCGUGCUCGAUGUCUCGCUUCCGUGGGACAACGAGCCGGACCCGAGCACGAGAGGGGGCUUCAGCCUCGUAUACAAGCGCGACGUCCCGCUCGAGAUCCGCGGCUCCGACGGCAUCGAUCUCCCGGCCGACGUCUCUGCGCUCGAGGCCAUCACGGUGAAAAUUCUCGAACGGCGCGAGUCGAGCCUCCUGCGCGGGGUGCGCGUGGAGCUGUCCUCGGAGGCGAACCUGUGGUUCCUGUACGUGCACGAGCUCGACCAGGGCUCGUUCCACGACCUCCAGGACCAGCAGAAGCUCAUGCUGGACUUCAACGACUACCCGCAGCUGCUGCUGCGCAUGCUCAACAGCUGCAUCCGCGACCCCGCGCACUUCGUCGGGCUCCUCGUCAUGCAGCCGGGCAUGCGCGCCCGCCUCGACUUCAUGGAGAACCUGGACUACAAGUGGAUCGAACACCUGUCGGCGCCGCUCGAGGUGGCGUCGGAGGCGGCGAUCCGGGAGUCGAUAGUGUACCGGUACAACAAGAUGAAGGCGGUGACGGUGAUGCUGCAGCAGCGGCUGACGACGCUGGCGACCAUGGUCAAGGGCCGCAACCCCGGCCUCCUGCUCCAGUUCCGGGACAUCGUGCAGAACGGAGGGACCCCCACGUCGCCACGGGGCGCGCGCCGGACCGCGGGCGUCGCGAAGCCAGGCGGGAAGCUCCCCGACGCCAGCUUCAACAGUACCCUGGGGGUGUGA